UACAGACUUGAAGCUUACAAAAGAAAUGCCCACUGUGCAAAGACUGACGUUUCUGGACCUGAGUUCCUCAUGAUGACCCCAGAUCCACAGCUUUAUAAAGACCUCCAUAGUGGCCAGGCAUUUCCAGGAUGUACUGAUUCAGAUAUCUCUGCCUUCUUGUUAAAGUUUAACAAGAUAAUGGACAAGAAAGCUAGAGACAUGUAUAAUGAUGGUUUCAUCCAGUAUGUGAAAGUAGUAUUCCAUGAUUUACACUGGUUUAUCAGAAGUUCAGUGAAAGCCUCUAUGAUGAAAUCAGUAAAGUAUAUUGUUGAUGUCAUGAUUGGUCAGGACAAGAGUGUUGUUGAAUCCCAGUGUGAAUGUGCUGCAGGCAUGGGGCCAGAUGCACAUUGUAAACAUGUGUGUGCUGUUCUGUUUGCAUGCUCAGAUUUUAUGAAGCGUGGAAGUGUUAAAACAGAACUAACCUGUACACAAAUGAUUCAAACUUUCCACCGAGCUAAACCACACAAAGGAAGCCCCCUGAAAGCACGGAUCAUGGACAUGCCUGGCUGCGAUGAAAUAUGUAACAGUGAAUAUGACCCCCGUCCUUUAAAAUAUCAAAAUAGCUAUGGUUACUCUUCAUAUUUCAGAAGUGUGUGUUUGAAUUUCCCAGGAAUAAGCAGCACCCCAAUAUUCCAGUUAUAUGAGCCUGCAAACAUGAGGGCACUUGACCUGGACCAUGAUUACCUCAAGGACACAUUUAGUGAGAGACAUUUGAAAUUAAUAAAUGUGUCAGAAACUUCUGAAGAGUCUGCAAGGCAGGUAAUGGUGAAAACGGCAACCCAGGCAACUAAUGAUCUGUGGUUUGAAGAACGGUGUAAGCGCCUACAUUCAUCUUUGUAUGGAAGAAUAUGUAAAGCUACAGAUAGGACAGACAAAGCAAAACUUGCUCAGCGCCUAACAGAAAAGGGACAAAGACUAAACACAAAGCCUAUACUUCACGGCAGAAAAUAUGAAAAAUCUACUUUGAAAAAGUACCAAGAAAUUACUGGAAAUACUGUUUAUGACAGUGGAAUAUGUGUGUGUCUCGACUCACCAUACUUAGCAGCAUCCCCUGAUGGCAUUAUUGAUGAAGACACUGUGGUGGAGGUGAAAUGUCCAUAUGUAGCGAGAAAUAAUUUCAUUUCUUCUAAAACUGUACCGUAUGUAAGACAAUCUGGAACCAGAUUCUAUCUUGAUGAAAAACAUGACUAUUACUACCAGGUUCAGGGACAACUUCUUUGUGCUCAGAAACAGAAAUGCAUAUUUGUCGUAUGA